AUGUCCUCCACCAACGAUAACGCCCCCUCGCCGCUCCCGGCUGACGGGGUGAGCAAGCGCAAGCAGGGUUCCGCCGCCUGCGUCCACUGCCACCGGCGCAAGGUCCGCUGCGAUGCCCGCGUCGUCGGGCUUCCAUGCACCAAUUGUCGCAGCUCUGGAAAGUCCGAUUGUCGCAUCCACGAAAAAAAGAAGCGCUUGGCGGUGCGGUCGAUCCUCGACCCCGUUCCGAUCCGAUCUCGGCCUCUACCAACCCUAGACCAGGUCGCCAACCCCGUCACAGCGGCAACUGCCUUACCUCCAAGUUUUCCCACGGCAUUUUCGAGUGGCCAAUCUUCGACACCGCUAUCCGGUGGUCCAACACAGCAUGGGUUUCUAUCGAAUGUUCAGCCGGAGCCCUUCGGACGCCAAGGCCCGGACCUGUCGCAUGCCCAUGAAGCCCACACAGAAAUGGAGCAACAUCUCGUCAAAUUGAUCGACGAAGAGGAUUCUGGUAGACGAGAGAUCCAGCGAGGUGUGCGGGCCUUUUACGUUGGUCAUGAGCAUUCUAAUAUGUCAUUCUUGAUUCGUCAACAGCGCGAUCAAGAUGAUGAUGUAUACCAUUUCGCCAGCAAUGAAAUUCCCCGGAGACAGAUGAAGACUGGUCACGACCAGCUCUUAAUGGAUGCAUUGACACUUCCUGAGCCAGCUCUAGCGGAUGAGUUGGUGCAGGCAUAUUUUACCUACGUCAAUCCAGGAUACCCAAUCGUGGACGAAGAUCUGUUCAUGACGCAAUACCGAAACCGAGACCCUGCGGAUCCACCGCCAGUUUUGCUUCUGCAGGCCAUCUUGCUAGUUGGCUCGCAUGUCACUCGAGGCAAGGCUGAGCGAGACACAUUGAAAGAGAUCUUCUUCCGUCGUACAAAGUAUUUGUUCGACAAUCGCGUUGAACGAAAUCGAGAUAUCCUCGUACAAGUCGCCCUGCUCCUUACCUGGCAUUCAGAUAGCGCCGAUGAUGAUGUUGCUGCAGAUGCACACUUUUGGGUCGGCGUAGCUGCACGAAUUGCUACUGGUUUGGGAAUGCAUCGAAACCCUGUCUCCAGUCGCUUCGUGACUCGAGACAGGAGAAUGUGGAGGCGAGUUUGGUACAUUAUCAUACAGUUUGAUGUCAUGGUCUCACUUUCAUACGGCCGACCGCAAGCGAUAAAUUUGGAUGAUUCAGAUGUGGCACCAUUAACGCCCGCAGAUUUUGAGAAUUGUGGCCCACACGUUCAAACAGAGUUCGUAAUCAACUUCACCGAGCUUUGUACGAUGAUUUCGUAUCUCAUUCGGGACCGAUUUGGCCUUCGGGCAUCCGACGAACGACGGAAGGCUGUUCUUCAAGAAGCCGACGAGUCGCUAGCCAACUGGUCUCUCAAACUGCCAGAUAAUUUACGACUCCGAGCAUCUGAUAUGGAUCCAUGGUCUGCUAUGCUCCAUCUGACGUACAACAACUUCCUCAUUCUGCUACACCGACCUCACCCCCGAGCCUCGGCGUACUCAGACGACUACGGGCCGCACGAUGCAGAAAUUUGUAGUGCGGCAGCAGGUGUCAUUGCUUCCAUCUUCGAAGAGCUUCGACUUAACGAUCGCCUGAAGUUCCUUUGGUACACUGGCGUUCACACGCUAUUCACCGCCAUGAUCCAAGUCCGGGUCGAACUUCGAUUCUCGAAUCCAGUCCUCGCAAUCAACGCGCUUCGUCGGUUCGAUUCGGCCUCUUAUUCUCUGCGAGAAUUGGCUCAAUACUGGGUCCACGCAGGUACAAUUCUUCGUCUCUUUGAAGACUCGAAGCGUCUCCAGGAUGACCUGCGUCUUGAUCGAACCAAGCCACCGUACAAUGGCACCCAAGCAACGAAGUUACCUGUCACGGCACCAGACGCCGCGGCAGCUGUCAUGGCCUCUCAAACACCCCAGCCACUUGGAUUCGGCGUUCCUACCCCGGAAUCUACCCCAAUGCAGCAUACCACAAUUUCCCCGCAAGCACAUGCCACUCCACAAUUCGAUAAUUGGAUCACUGCACCCCUCAGACUCAAUGUGGGGCCAUUGGAAACAAACGAUACCUAUUCGAGUACCCCCAUGCAGGUGGACCACAUGGAACAGAGCCGCGAUUAUCCAGAUUGGAGACAGCUUUUCUCCUUCACGGAUGCGGAUCUACCUGUCUCCUCCAUGCCGAUGGAAGGACUCAUGGAAUUGGAGAACGAGUGGCGCCAAAUUUAUUGGCAAGACACCCCGAUGGCGGAUAUGAUGCAAGACGGCGGCUGGAUCCCGGGCUAG